AUCCGGAUUUUUUUCCGUGACCGCUUUACUUUUACAAAAACAUUGUUGUGCAAUAUGGCGGACGACGAACACGAUGUGGACAACUUUGAUGAUGAUAUUGAUGACGAUGACGAACCUUUGGACGAAGCAGUGGAAACACAGGAGGAUGGUGACCCAAUAGACAUCCUCCCAGCCGAUCAAGCUAGCCAGCCUGUGGAGCCACAAAAGCGAAUCACAACUCCUUAUAUGACAAAGUAUGAACGAGCCAGAGUCCUUGGUACAAGAGCCUUACAGAUCGCGAUGUGUGCCCCAGUAAUGGUAGAACUGGAAGGAGAAACUGAUCCUCUACUGAUUGCAAUGAAGGAACUCAAAGCCAGAAAGAUUCCAAUCAUAAUUCGUCGUUACCUCCCUGAUGGCAGCUUUGAAGACUGGGGAAUAGACGAGCUCUUAAUGACCGAGUGAUUGUGGCCGUGUAGUAUGGAGAUUGACUGUUUAUUGUUUGUUUCUGAAAGAGUGGAUGGAUGUAUGAAAGCAUUUUUUUUUUAUCAUUUCAUCAUUUCAUUUAAUAAAAGAAAAAUCAUUCUU